AUAUAUUAUUAUAUAUAUCCAAAAAAUACGUAUCUAUUUCACAAGGGGGAGUUAGGAUCCGACUCCGUCACCGUCCCCGUCGGACCCCCACCAUUGCAGCUCUCCCUCUCCCCGUCCGGUCAUUGCUCCUUUUUUUUGUCUUUGGUCGUAUCGGAGUGCGAGAGGGAGGGAGGUUCACGGCUCAGGGCUGUUUUUUCCUUGCAUUUCUUCCCCCCAAGCCUCUUUAUUAAGUGUACUUGAAAUUGUAGAAAGUCAUGGGAGGAUUCUUACUUCGUCGCUGAUCCAUUUGCCAGCCUUUUUCCAGUUACAGUCUCAGUGAUUUUACUGGAGAUGCUUGCUUUUUGCUAAGUACUUGUUGGUCAGGUUGGCAUCAUAAUUGUUGUAACUUCCUUUUGACUCAGUUUUCAUUAUGGGUGCUUGUGUGUCAACUCCAUCCCAUAACAUUAAGGCCCGGAGGAGACCUUAUUAUCGGCCAAGAAAACAUAAAGGGAAGCUUUCUAAUAAUGUAGCAGAUGGGAUUCGAAAAAGGAACAGUGAUGCUCGAGUAGCAGAUUUUUCACUUAGUGAGUUUGUUCACACAACCACUACCUGCAGGAGAUCUGAGGUUUCUAAUGCGACAUUCCAUCUUACUCAGUUGCAGUGGCACCAUAGUCAAGUUGAUGCUAAUGUUAUUUGUCACGAAGAUGCAUGGUUUGACACACUCAGCAUUCUGGACUCAGAUUCCGAUGAUGACUUUAGCAGUGUUCAUGGAGACGUUUUACCUAUCAAAUCCAGUGGACAAGUGCUUCAGUACGAAACUUCAUCAUGCUUUAUGGAUAGCAAGUGCACAUACAAAGAAUACCAUGAAAGAUAUUUGAAAAUAGAUAAUGGUAAGUCAGAGAAGCGCAUGAGCAUAGAUGGAGUCAAGGAGCCAAACAAAUAUGCACUUGUAAGCACUCAAGGGUAUGAACUGCCAUGCUUAGCACAGACUGAAGAGCUUGGAACCAAAAGGAAGAAACUGUUAGAUCGUGCUUAUGGAAGCUUUAGUGGUUUAAAAGAGGAUAAGCAUGAAAUGGAGGAGAAAACCCAAGAGCACAUGUUGAAGUCUGUUUUACCUAGACUUGUCUCUUCUGUAAGCUUCAAUGACAAGAUCAUCACUGGAUUAAGUGCACAUCCACAGUCUCAAAGAAAGAAAUCUACCGUUAUUAGGCUCUCUAUAAAGAGGACAUCUGUUGAUGGAGAAGAACCGAAUGAAUUCUGUGAAUCCAAAAAGUAUCUUUAUCGCCCCAGAGCAGGACUUCUAAUCCCAUGUUGUACAGAAGAGAAACCAACUUUAGGAAGUUGGUCAGUGAUAGAACCCUCAAAAUUUUCGCUCCGCGGUGAAAGUUAUUUUAAAGACAAGAAGAAAUGCCCUGCUCCAAAUUAUUGUCCAUAUACUCCAAUUGGUGUUGAUUUAUUUGCGUGUCCCAAGAAGAUUAACCACAUUGCCCAGCACUUGGAGCUUCCUUCUGUGAAAGCAGAUGGCAAAGCUCCUCCUCUCCUUAUUGUUAACAUUCAGUUGCCCACAUAUCCUGCACCAAUGUUCCUUGGUGAUAGCGAUGGGGAGGGCUUGAGUCUCGUAUUAUAUUUCAAACUUUCUGAUACUUUUGAAAAAGACAUCUCUCCACAGUUUCAAGAAAGCAUUAAGAGGCUGGUUGAGGAUGAUAUGGAGAAGGUUAAAGGGUUUGCAAAAGAAUCUACUGUUCCUUUCAGAGAAAGGUUGAAGAUAAUGGUCGGGGUGGUUAAUGCAGAGGAUCUUGUCUCAACCUCUGCUGAAAGGAAGCUAUUACAUGCUUACAAUGAGAAGCCAGUCCUAUCCCGUCCUCAACACAACUUUUAUCAGGGACCCAAUUACUUUGAGAUUGAUCUCGACAUCCACCGCUUCAGCUUCAUCGCAAGAAGAGGAUUCGAUGCUUUCCGAGGACGUUUAAGAGAGGGAAUACUGGAUUUGGGAUUGACCAUUCAGGCCCAGAAACAGGAAGAACUGCCGGAGAAGGUGCUUUGCGGUGUCAGACUGAACAAGAUAGAUUUCGUUAAUCAUGGUCAAAUUCCCACGCUAGUGAGGCUGGAGGAUGAUUGAUUCCUGCAAUGAUGAUUCACACGGUCUAUAGUCACUAACAUGUUCAGUGGGGUAACGGGGUCUCUUGGAUACAUGGGGUAGCAAUUGCUUCAAACUUCUAAACAUGUAAAAUGAAACUUAACUCCUCUCAUACGAAAAUGAAAUGUCAAUGGCAAAUGAUUUUGCCAAAACACAAAUUUUUAGUUCCACGUCAGAAACACAAAUUUUUGUC